GACUUGUUGCUUGCUGAUAAUAUAUGUAUAAAUAAAUGGGUCAUUGUAUUCCAAUGCGAAUAUAGUGAUACCAGCCACCACCCGCUAUCUCUCUCCGGCAGGUAGACAUCACAACCACUGCACCCGGGCGGCGGCCAAAUUUAGAUCAGAAAAGAUGGCGGCGGAAGCUGCAGCGUCGCAGGCAACAACUACCCCACCCUACUUCUGGGGAGACAUGCCGGAGGAGGAGUACUACGCGUCCCAAGGAGUUCGUAACACGCAAUCUUACUUUGACACCCCCAACGGAAAAAUAUUUACGCAGUCGUUCUUACCGGUGGACGAGAAGCAACCCAUAAAGGCCACUGUUUUCAUGACCCACGGUUACGGCUCCGACUCCGGGUGGCUUUUCCAGAAGAUAUGCAUUAACUAUGCUACCUGGGGGUACGCCGUGUUCGCCGCAGAUCUCCUCGGCCACGGCCGCUCCGACGGCAUUCGGUGCUACCUCGGCGACCUCAACAAGGUGGCUGCAACGUCGCUGUGCUUCUUCAAGAGCGUUAGAUUCAGCGAAGAGUAUAAGCAUUUGCCGGCGUUCCUGUUUGGGGAAUCCAUGGGUGGGCUGGCCACCAUGCUAAUGUAUUUCCAGUCUGAGCCGGACACCUGGACGGGGCUCAUCUUCUCCGCCCCACUUUUUGUCAUCCCUGAGAACAUGAAGCCCUCUAAGGUACACUUGUUCAUGUACGGGCUAUUGUUCGGGUUUGCGGAUACAUGGGCCAUGAUGCCGGACAAUAAAAUGGUUGGGAAGGCCAUUAGAGACGUUGAGAAGCUGAAGAUCAUAGCCAGCAAUCCAAGAAGAUACACGGGAAAGCCAAGGGUUGGGACGAUGAGGGAGAUCGCGAGGCAGUGCGAGUACGUCCAGAACAACUUUGAGAAGGUGAGUGUAGGUUUCUUGACGGUCCACGGGACAGCUGACGGCGUGACGUGUCCCAGCGGCUCACAAAUGUUGUACGACAAGGCGAGCAGCUCGGACAAGACGCUGAAGUUGUACCAAGGACUGUACCACUCGUUGAUCCAAGGUGAACCCGAUGAAGAUGCCAAUCGUGUUUUAGCUGAUAUGAGGGAAUGGAUUGAUGAAAGAGUUAGUUGUAAUGGUAUUAUGGUUUAUUUACCAUUUACAUGCAUAUGUUUUACGGGCCGGAUUGUUCAUCCGAUUCAGACCAUUUUAUUUAAAUUUGUUGAAUUAUUAUAUUUGAUGCGGUACGUAGUGUCGCUUUCACUCAACAACCUUAAUAAUGUUGACAGGUCCGUAGUGCGCUUUCCAUUCCUGGUUACGUUGAACAUAUCGCAGGUCUACCUAAUGACAUGUGCGUGGUUAGCUAGUAUAGGCAACCAUGGGCGGAGCUAA